AUGCCCACCCAGACUGCCAUCUCUGUCCCUCUCUUGCUAGUGGCCGUGACCGUGAACACCAGCUCAGACCGGUCCUUCUUGCUCGGCAGUCACCGGCUCUACUUCUCCGUGUACCUCUUCACCUUCCUCGUGGGGCUUCCCGUCAAGCCGCCGGCCCCGGUGAUCUUCGCGGGCCAGCUGGCCGCGCACCUGCUCUUGCUGAACCGGACCCUAUCGGACCCGCUCCUGUUGCUCUUCCUGCCAUUCCGCGUGCUGAAGGCAGCGAGCGGCUCGCGCUGGCCCCUGCCCUUCACCUUCUGCCCCUUCUCCAGAUUCCUCUUCUUCACCGCCAUCUAUCUCGCUUCCCUCUUCCUGGCAGCUAUGAGCGAUGAGCGCUUCCUGAGCGUGGCCUACCCAGUUUGGUACAAGAGCCGGGAACAGGCGGGCCUGGUCAGCGGGGCCUGCUGGCUCCUGGCCGCUGCACACUGCAGCGUGGUCUAUGUCACUGAAUUCUCGGGGCGCUCCUCCCCCACCCAGGGUAUCAACGGGACCUGCUACCUGGAAUUCCGGAAGGAUCAGCCGGCCUUUCUCCUGCCUGUGCAGCUGGAGAUGGCUGCGGUCCUAUGUGGGGGGGGGGGGGGGGGGCUGCUCAUCACCAGCCACUGCUAUAGCCGCCUGCUGCGCAUGCUCCGUAAGGGAGCCAGCCAGCGCCGGCGGAACGUUGGCGGGCUCGCAGCAGCCGUGCUGCCCGACCUCCUCGUCUGCUUUGGGCCCUACAACGUGUCCCACGUUGUGGGCUACAUCCAGGGUGAAAGUCCGAAGUGGAGAAGUUAUGUGCUGCCCCUCAACACCCUGAAUUCCUGUGCCGACCCCCUUGCCUACUAUUUCUCAUCAUCUGGGUUCCAAGCCGACUUCCAGGGGCUGCUGGGGAGGCUGACUGGAGCCUGUGGCCCUAGGUGGCAGGAAAGCAGCGUGACACUGAAGAGUGGAGGAGAGGGGCCGCCCCAGGAGCUGCUGUCUAACCUAGAGGCCAGGGGGUGA